AUGGUUAUAUACCUCUAUAACAUAUAUGAUAAUUUUUGGACUGGAAAAUAUAAAUGGUUGUCUUAUAAAUACAACUUUGUGAAAUUUUUAGAUGGAACAGUGUUUGGUCCAACCGGAUAUCAGGCCACAAUUCCAAGGGAAGGAACUGUCACAUUUGCAGUUGUUAUAGUAAUUGCUGAAACAUUCGUGACCGAUCUGCAGAACGAUAGUAGUCCGGCUUUCAAAAAUAUGACAAGGAGAUUCCUCGAAUUCUUGAUUCCAUUAUACCAAACCAGAACUGGUUUUCUUGGCAUUAUCUUUAUUUCAUAUUCCCAGGGAAGUGUUGUUGCAAAUACUGAAUUAUUAUUUAAUUCGAGCGAACCAAUUCCGACUGUUGAGGAAGUUCGAUCACCAAUCGCUGAAGCAAGAGAUAAUGGAUCUGCGCCGUUCACUAUUGAAAGUAUACAAGUCACGAAAAAGGGCGAGUCACAAGAUGGAUUCGAAGCUUGGAAGAUUGGUGUCGCUGUUUGUUUGGCUUUCGUACUUCUUCUUCUUAUUUUCAUUUCAGCUGUG